UGCAGUGAGAAAAGAGGAAACAGAAGUGCCCGUGUAGCGGAAGUGGUACUGCCCUGAACGAUACGCUGAGUGAGACGGAGGACGGAGGCUGAAUCGUCCACAGAGCGAGCGAGAAGAAGAAAAAACAGUAGGAUUAAAAGUCACCGCAAUCUCUAGAAAAUGGAUAAGAGCGACCUGGUACAGAAGGCCAAGCUUGCUGAGCAGGCUGAGCGCUACGAUGACAUGGCUUCAGCCAUGAAGGCAGUGACAGAGCAAGACUCUGAGCUGUCAAAUGAGGAGCGCAACCUUCUCUCUGUUGCCUACAAGAAUGUUGUAGGAGCGCGCCGCUCAUCCUGGCGCGUUAUCUCCAGCAUUGAGCAGAAGACUGAGGGCAAUGACAAAAAACAGGAGAUGGCACGUGAAUACCGGGAGAAGAUAGAAGCUGAGCUGCAAGAAAUCUGCAACGAUGUGCUUGAGCUACUGGACAAAUUUCUCAUUGCCAAAGCAUCUAAUCCUGAAAGCAAGGUGUUCUAUCUGAAAAUGAAAGGCGACUAUUAUAGAUACCUGUCUGAGGUUGCGUCUGGGGAUAAUAAGAAGACUACAGUGGAUAAUUCCCAGAAGGCGUACCAGGAAGCUUUUGACAUUAGCAAGAGUGAGAUGCAGCCAACACACCCCAUUAGGCUUGGCCUGGCCCUCAACUUCUCAGUCUUCUAUUAUGAAAUCCUAAACAACCCGGACAAGGCCUGUAGCCUGGCUAAAACAGCAUUUGAUGAAGCCAUUGCUGAACUCGACACUUUGAACGAGGAUUCCUACAAAGACAGUACCCUGAUCAUGCAACUACUAAGGGACAACCUGACUCUGUGGACAUCAGAAAACACGGCAGAUGAGGGAGAGACCGAAGGAGGGGAAAACUAAUGGAAUUGCACUGUUAAUCCACCUACACUCUUUAUCUUAAACACAGACAGCUUAUAUACAUCCCCCUCCACUCCAUCAGCCCCUCCCACUUCUGUAUGACAAGCAGCCUGAAUUGCUUCCGACCAACUAGUUUACCCCUCUCAGUUCACUGUGAGGUGACAGGGUAAUUUUUUCAGUUGUUAGCAAAUUCAGUCACUCUGUGGAAAAUGUGUUGAUUAGCAAGUUCACAUUGCUGUUUUUUGUUUUUUUUUGGUUCUUUGUCGGCUUUGUGCAAGUCUGCGUGUCGCAAGCGUGAGUGGAUGUGAGAGGUUGUGCGUAUGGUCUGGGGUCGGAAGGGGGGGUAUUGUGAAAUCUAAUCGUCCUUCCAAAGUCCUUGGUCCCCUGCUAGUUGUGCAUUUUUCAUCCCCCUCCCCAUUAUUAUUUUUUUUUUCUUUUUGUUACGUUUAUUAUUUGUGAUUCCUUGUGAUAUUUACAGGUUUUAUUGUAUGGUAAUUAAACUGGCAGUUGAUUUCCACCAAACACUGUGAUGGUAGGCAUUCCAUUUGCUUCACAAGCCCCCCUCCCAAAAAAAGUUUUUUGUUCAAAUUCUCAGACAUACAAUCCUGUAUUCAACUAACUGCAAUUCUGCUGUGGGCUCAUACAGAAAGGAGGCAGGCUGUAUUGUGACACUGACAUUUUGGUGUAAUGCUCCUUGAUCAUGUUCACAAAUUUCACAGUUUAAGCUCUGAGGGACCCCUUAAAUUUGUCAUGUUCAAUUUAAGACAUUCCACAUUAUUAGGCUUUUUGGAAAGGCAGUGCUUUUUUUUCUUUUCUUUUUGAACUAGGUAUGGGUUGUCAUUGUAGUUUUACUCACUGUUCAGGUGCUGCUUGACCUCAGUACAAUGGAAAUUGUAUGUGCGUAAAUGUGGUUCCAUGUAUUUUGCAAGAUUGACUAUCAUCUGUAUGUAAAACCUACAGUAACCUUUUAUUGAUGUUAAUUGAAAAUGUCUUACCACACUGUAUCAACCCUGCUUGCAAAAUAUUCCUCUUAAAGCGGUUGUUUUCUCCAAAAAAUGUUUUUGUGCCUGGCUUUCUCUUGCAGCUUUUUUUUUUUCUUUCUUUUUUUCUCCCCCAUUUAGACAGCAGCAUCUGCUUGUUGAUGAAAUCUGCUUGUUGAUGAAAUCUCACAGAGAAAGAGUUAAACCAUUUAUUAAAAGGAAAUAGUUAAAUAUUUAUUAGUCUUCACCCAGGUUCAUCAAUCUGCUGUUUAAAGGUAGCUGAUGUUAACGGAUUAUCUAAAAUCAGGUCUCCUUAAAAGGGUUCAGAAGGCCAUUUCAUGACUUUUGGAAAGAAACUCAGUGUCACAAUACCAUGUUAUCACCACUACAUUCCACACUCUUGUAGUUGAAGACACCAUUCCACAUUAUAGCUGACAGUCUGUUUACUCUGGCAGUGCUCCAAUGAAUUGAUAUAAUUUGUUGGGGGAAAAAAAAUUUCAUGUCAGUUUAUUAUUAUGCUUGAUGAAAAUGCAGUUAGUGAAUGUGGAACGAAGCCUGUCUGUAUAUCAGGUAUCUACUUGCUUUGUUUUUACUGACAAGUCUUAAUGGCUAAAAUUUGCUUCUGUAACAGUCUUAUUACCCAGUGCACACACGUGGUUGUGAAAAUUUAGAUUAGCUAUUAAAAAAACGAGAAAAAAAGCAGUGACGAAAUGGAGAUAAACAAUGGUUGGUGUAAUUCUAGCUUUGUGUUUAUGUAUCUUAAAACCAUUCUAGUUUCACUCUACAUGUAAGAAAUAGGAACGUGUCAAAACCAUCCAGUGAAAUAAAGUUUCGUUUAAGAUAA